GAAUUGCUGCUGCUGAGAUGAUGCUCAGAAGAUUGAAAUCAAUAGAGCUUGUUAGGUCUUUAAAGUGGUUCCAUUUGAAUACAACUGCAAUAGUGGAUAGCUAAGAAGUUUCAGUGCUCUACCCGUUUUGUAAGUCCGAAGUCCUUCGAUAGAUAUGCGUAUCGCAAUGCGUGGACGAGGCGACUUUUAUAGUUCAGAUAUUUUCAGCUGGUGCUUAUGUAUAAGCUACACUAGUGAGGCGUUGCCUAUUUAAAUAAUCCAGACCACUCUAGAGGACAUAAUAGCUUGAUCUAUCCCUUCUGAAAGGUUGUAAACCGAGGCAGUUGUAAUUCAAAGCAUAUCCUACUCCAUCUCACUAUCACCAUGGCCAAACCCGCCCAACAUUAUAAGGUCAUGAUUGCUGAAGGAGGAAUUGCUGGAGUCACUCUCACGCUGAUAUUUGAGAAACUCGGCAUCAGCUAUUUCCUCCUCGAGAGUCGCGAUACUCUCGAGUCUAACAGAGGCGCUAGUAUUGGCCUGUAGCCAAAUGGACUUCGCAUCCUAGAUCAACUCGGUCUUCUGGAGGACAUUGAGGAGGCUACUAUACCACCUGAGAAGUGAUUCUCUUAUGAUAGCAAGGGCAACCUGAUGAAUGAUUCUAACGCUAUGGGCCAACAUCGUGAAACGAUCGGAUAUCCUAUUGCCUUUGUUGAGUGUUGCAAGUUGUUACCUAUUAUAGUACGUCACAUUUAGCGCACAGAAUGUGUCAGAACUUCAGCACGCGUUGCUUCAAUCGAGGAGAGUGACGAUUAUGUCACAGUCACAACAAUCGACGGCCUGUCUCUUACAGCAGACAUUGUUGUUGGUGCCGAUGGCGUGCGAAGCACUGUCCGCAUACAAAUUGACUCAAAUAUUCCUGAAGAAUUGACUGCAGAUGACUACAUUAGUGUUGCCUGCUCCACAGUCUAUGGCAUGUCAGCGCCCACCGAAGGCAUCGCCUAGGGUGAGCGCUUUGCCGUUUACCGAGAGAACCAAACAGUCAUCGGCUUCACAGGUAAAGAUGGGAUUGUAUUCUGGCUCGUCUUUGAGAACCUCGGCCAGAACGUCCCAUUUUCUCAGGUCCCACGAUACACCGAAGCUGAGGCCGAGGCUCUCUGCCAAAGCGUUGCCUAUAUACAGGUCACUCCAAAGCUCAAGUUUGGAGGGAUUUACAAGAACCGCGUUGUUGCUGUUAAGACUGGCGUUGAGGAAGGCGUCGCGAAAGGAUGGCAUACUGAUCGCGCUAUUAUUGUUGGCGAUGCAGCUUGUAAGGCUUUAUCAGCUGGUGGACAAGGCGCCAGCCAAGUUAUAGAGUUAUGCGCUGUCUUCGUUAACAGUUUCAUGAAAGCGAGAAAGGCUUGCUAUCCUGGCGAGAAGCUGUCUAGCCAGGCAGUCAAGUCUAUACUCGUAAGCUAUGCUUAAGAGUGUGCACAGCCAGCUAUUAUAGCCUUAGAGAGAUUUCAAAUGGUUGGCAAGGCGCCUUUGUGCACUCUAGGAUCUGUAAUUACUUUUGUUAAGGAUAUGUUAAAGCUUAGUAACGAAGACUGGAUUUUGCGUGUGUUUAUGGCGCUUUCUGCUGCGCUGUAUUUGGAGGAUGUUGAGCUUACAGCUAGAGGACAUUUUUACAAUAAGGCUGUUAAGGAAGCGCAGGCAGAGAUGGCGAGAUGUCAGAAGGUAGCGAAGGAGGUCAAGGAGACGGAAGAGAAGGAGAGUAAGAAGGCUGUGAGUAUUCAAGAGUCUAAUCAGCGGAAUAAGUUUGCGAGUCUUCGAAACCCAGUUCAGGUAGCGACUAGAGCCGUUGAGGUUGGCUCUUAGAAUAACCUUCCAUCAGAACUAUUCGAUAUCAAUCUAAGCCAUCUGCUACUGAUUGCAUUCUCCACUCGCUUCACGCAGCUCAACCAUGAUGCUUAACUAAGAGAGAUAUUCAACUCGUUCUGACUUGCACAGCCGGUUAAGUUACCUGCUCCCUCAUAAAGCUCUAACUGGAGUGUUUAACAUAACCGCCCAAUUCAGUCAUAAGAUUAUGUUUCAUAAUACAUACCUAGAUCAAGUUCAACUAUUCGACGUAGAAUUAUAGAAUACUAGAUUGCUAUAGUAAUGAAGUCAAUGGGAGUCUAUGCAAAUGCCGAGUUUCGAGUGACCACCCA